GGGAUCUGUGUGCUAAUGAUCCAACGGUGGUUUCGCGCGAAGAAAGGUGAAUCCUUUCGAUAUGGGAAAGGGGAGCAAGCGAGUAGGCGCGAGGCUUCCGAUGAUGGGAGGACUCUGUUUGUCAUAAAUAGAGAUGAUUCAGGAAUCUUGUGCUCGCUGGUGAGGACGGCGAUGGAGAGGGGAGCCCUCCACUCCAAUCUCCGCCGCGCUCACUGUUGGCCGCUCUUCUCCCGCUCUCCCAACGCCCCUCGCCCGAGUGGGGAGCAUUGGCGGCUCCGUAGGACGCCUGCCCCCGGCUCGACAGAGUUGUUGCUCGCCAAGCGCUUCAGAUCUUGUAACUAUUCGAAGGAAAGGGGAUGCUUAAUUGUGCACAAGUCACUUCGGAGUUCUUCUCUAAGAGUUUUCAACUCAUGCGGAUCACAAGAAGCAAAUGUGAACAGUGAAGAAAUGAAAGAUAAAAAAUUUCUUCUUGAUUGUGGAGAAGAUCAAGAAUGUGUACUUGGAGGUAUAGUUGCAUUGGGAAAGUUUGAUGCGCUUCACAUUGGUCAUCGACAACUGGCAAUUCAGGCAUCAAAAGCUGGGGCUCCUUUCCUAUUAUCAUUUGUGGGAAUGGCAGAAGUACUUGGUUGGGAGUCAAGGCCUCCCAUAGUCGCCAAAUGUGAUCGGAAACGGGUUCUUUCCUCCUGGGCCCCAUAUUGUGGUAAUGUAGUUCCUCUUGAAUAUCAAGUUGAAUUUUCUAAUGUUAGACAUCUUACUCCACGGCAAUUCGUUGAAAGGUUGUCCAAGGAGCUCAAAGUAAGAGGAGUGGUUGCAGGUGAGAAUUAUAGAUUUGGUUACAAAGCAUCCGGUGAUGCGCUGGAGUUGGUGAGGCUUUGCAAAGAGUAUGGUUUGUCUGCAUAUAUUGUGAGCUCUGUCAUGGACAAGACUCGAUGUUAUAAUGGGACAAGUAAAAGCAUAAAUGACAGAGGACAGGUAUCAUCUACUCGUGUUCGCCAUGCUCUUGCUAUGGGUGACAUGGAAUAUGUAGCGGAAUUAUUGGGGAGGAAGCAUCGUCUUGUGUUGAUGUUGGAUGACCAAUUCCUUUUCAUGCAAAAUAGGAUUUUGGCUUCUAAAUCUUGCAUGCUAAACCAGCCACCGGAGGAUGGUCUGUAUGAGAACUGCACUCUUCUAUUGGAUGAUGUGUUUGUUGGGCCAUGCAAGGUGGUCAUUAAUGAUGAAAAAAUUGAUAUAGAAUGGGAUGGCAAAAGCAUUUGGGUGCAAAAUCCAGUUUGCAGUGGCCAACUCCUCGGCAUAGAGUUUGGCUGAUAGAAAUGAUGAGGGCAUUGGAUGACCUGAAUGAAGCAAGUAGUAUCAUUCUUUUUUGAUCAACCCUAAGGGUGGACUCUACUUAAAGGGACAAACAGCUCGAGUUACGUCUAACCAGCUAUAUCGAGGGAAGAAAUGCAAGGAGUAUUUCAAAAGGUAUCCACCUACACAAUUUAUUUAGUAAUUUAUUUUGAAUUUAGAAUAGAAAAGCAUAGGUCAGAACAGGAAAGUGGUUGAUCUUAUGUUGAUGCUUGAUAUUUAUUUGUUACAUAAAAUAAAAACUUCCCUCAUUUGUUUAUUUCUCUGUUAUCAAAAUUUAAGGGUCUGUCAGGGUGAUUUUUCGGACCUUGCCUGACCUAAAUCUUGACUUUGUAUUUUCAUUCCUUUUUCCUAUCCAGAACUGUUGUAUUAACUUGUAUAUUUGUGUAGCAGUGAAACAGUAGAUUGCUUGAGCAUGGCGUUUCA